CCUCAGUUAGCCUCCGACCUGAGCGCCUGAGUUUCACCACUUCUACCACAUCUGAAUCAUCCAGCGGAUCCCUGUGCUGCGUUACAUCACUUCUGAUCUCUGACGAAGCAAGGCCAUGUGUUUCGAUUAUCUGACCUGUUGCAGCUGAAUCCUUGAUAGGUGAAUGGUAAAACUGCUGAGUGGGGUCCUGAUGUUCAGCUACAACAUCGAAGGGGACGUCAAGAAAGCGGGCGUUGUGGCUGGAAGCAAAGUCGAUGUGGUCAGGGGAAUGAUUGGCGUCGAAGUAGCACCAAGGGGGAUUUUCGGACUGCUCUUCCUCUGGAGGAAAGACGAAGACAUGAGGCAUUACAAAAGAAUGAGAAUAGCGAGAGCUGGGUGUUGGAACGAUGGACAUUGUAAGAAAAUGAGCGUGAAUAAAGCGUGUCUGGCCAAGCGUCAAUGACCUGAACCUUU